UUUGCUUUGGGUAGGUCCGGCCCGGUCCAGCUCUGUUUCGUUUCGACCAACUCUCCUGGAACUACGUUCAUCAUUAAGCUUGUUUGUGGAACCUCUCGACCCAAUAAGACCUGUCUAUUCCAAGUGCCAAGUGGAUUUGCUAUUGAACCAAAGUUCAUAUCCUUUUGUCACACGAGUGGACCGAGCGGGAGAUGCGGCUCCACCAAAGCGUAUGGGUCAUCAGACGAAAAAUCGGUUCGGAAAUGCGCCAAGUGCUCUGGACCUUUCCCGCGGACGAGAUGGUGUGAGAUGCAAGCUCUAGCGAAGAUUAAGAGAUACCCUGCAUGCGUAGCUCACCUCAAGGGCUGUGCGAUCUACGACACCGAUGCGGAUGCGAAAGCUGCUCAUUUUCCAGGUCUCAUCAUAUUCAAGAAUUUCCUCCAUCUUGAGCAGCUCCACGACCCGUUUUGCCUGCAUCGCAAUUGGAUCUGGACUGACGUGUUUGCCAACCCAUCGACGAUGCGGGCGACACAAUGCAUCCUCACGCCACCUCUGGCAUCAGCCAGCAUCCCUGCUUUGUCUGCAGUGGAUUGCGUGAAAGACAGAACACGAGCGAGGGUGCGGUGUUUGCAUGAAAUAGUAACACAUAGCGUAGCUGUAUUGCGCGCCUUCGACGGAUUCAAAGCGGAAGGGAAAAUCACUUGUGCUCGAUAUGAACCUUGGCUGCGAUUAGACGCUGGGCGUUGCCGGACCACUGAUGGCUCCACGGUAACUCCCGGUCCCCUUCCUCCCGCUACUUACCUCCAUGCGUACAAUGGACGAAUAUCCGCGUAGUCGGGCUGCUCGUCUCUCCCGUCCAUCACUCCAUAAUAGAACGUAGUGUCUAGCACUGUCAAGACGGCAGGCAAAGUCGACUGGAAGCGAACUCACCUCGGCCGUCGGUUUCCCGCUGAGUGAAUCCAGUACCCAGGUAUCCGAAUCUGUUCCCGGCAUAGCCAUAUUCGUAGUCCCAGUCCUCCCACCGGAUGUUGUACAGCAGCUCCAUGAAAAGUACACGGUUCCCGGGGAAGAGCAUCGGAGCAGCUGGGAAGAGCAGUUGAGCAGUCGUGUGCACGAUGCCGACGAGGCGACCCACCAUCCUUGUGCAGUCUGAACCACGAGGAGCAGUUACCGACCCACGCCGUCCGCUUGACAUACAGCUCCCGGUGCUCGUUGAAAUCGUCGGCCGCUUUGUCCUUGAUCUUGAUCGCAGUGAUGUUCUCCAUCUGGAGUUUCUGGAUGAUCUUGAGGAACAUGGUCGUGUCUGCAAUUCUGCACUCAGUUCAUCGGAACUUCGAUUGAGCGUAGCGCCCCUCUCACAGGCAUGGAUCACUGGGGCACCGGAGCCGUGGGCGAUGGGGCCGUGGGGGCCGUAGUACAUGAAAUACUGUGCACGGGGUCAGAACCAAUACUGCAUUUCAAGAUUAAUCCCGGCGGUCCCAGCCUGAACAGAACGACUGACACUGUCGACGGGAUACUCCUUCCACAGAUCCUGGAUGUUCACGCCAUGUGCGACGAUCGGGAAGCGGGGCUUGUAACUUGUAUCGAAGCCACUUUGGUAACGGAUUAGCAGCGGUGUUACGACCCGGUAAGUAGAUAGAUCACUGACGUCGCACAGAUAAUCACAUCACCUCAACUUCGUUCCCUUACCUGCACAUUCGGCUCGAGCAAAGCCUCGAGAUAUCCGUUCCCUGGUGUUGGCCGACGACAUCCUACCGCGAAAUCCUUGGGCACAAUAGCGUCGAUCAGCCGCUCGUCUUGCUUGAGUCGUUCUCGCAUAUCCCGGUUGCCGAACUGUUGCUCUAUCAGUCAAGUAACACUCGAAUACCCCAUUCUUUUGAAAGACCUCCAAAGAUGCUAGUUGUUCUGGCGUGCCCUGGACGAUGAACUUGAAUCGUUCGUUGAGCUCAGACUGCAGCGCAAGUCAGCAAGUCAUUCAAGCCCGACGACAUGCGGACUUCUAUCAUCUUCCGGUAUUUCAGGGCAUGCUCUGGAUCGUUCCGGAACCUCUCUUUCUGCUCUUCAGAGUCUGAAACGUUGACGCCGCCGGGUCCGGCGAACUGCGGGGCAAAUGCCCCCGUGAUCCAAGUGGGCGAGCGGAUCCAAUGGUACAGCUGCUUCACCUCUGGCUGGAUCGCCGCCAGCACCUGGAUCCCUGAGGACCCCGAUCCAAUCACCGCCACGCGCUU